UCUCUGGUGGUGAGAUCGCUUUCUAAGGGAAGUAAUGUAUUCUCGGUGUCUUGCUUAGAGUUAUCGUUCUUCAAACGAGAAAUCUCAACAUGUCAAGAGCGUUGCAAGCACCCAUUAUACUUCUGAAAGAAGGGACAGAUACGUCUCAGGGUGUACCACAAAUUGUCAGCAAUAUCAAUGCCUGUCAAGCUAUUGCGGAUGCUGUUCGUACAACGUUAGGUCCACGAGGCAUGGAUAAGUUGAUUGUGGAUAACAAGGGAAGUGCUGUAAUAUCAAAUGAUGGGGCUACAAUAUUGAAGACUUUAGACAUUGUUCAUCCUGCAGCAAAGACACUUGUGGACAUUGCCAAAUCACAGGAUGCUGAGGUUGGAGAUGGCACAACAUCUGUGACGCUUAUAGCUGGAGAGCUCUUAAAAGAAAUGAAGCCUUUUAUUGAGGAUGGUGUGCACCCACAGAUCAUAAUUCGUGCUAUCCGCAAAGCAACAGCAUUGGCUAUUGAGAAAAUCAAGUCGGUAGCUGUUCACAUAAAAAAAGAAGACCCAAGGGAGAUGCGAGAAUUGCUGCUGAAAUGUGCUGCCACAGCUUUGAGCUCAAAACUAGUGGCUGCUCAGAAAGACUUCUUUGCUGCAAUGGUGGUAGAUGCUGUCAUGUUGCUGGAUGAACUCCUGCCUUUAAACAUGAUAGGAAUAAAGAAAGUUACUGGAGGUGCCCUUGAGGACUCCAUGCUUGUGGCUGGAGUGGCGUUCAAGAAAACAUUUAGUUAUGCAGGUUUUGAAAUGCAACCAAAGACAUACACAAACCCCAAAAUAGCUCUACUAAACAUUGAGUUGGAGCUGAAGGCUGAAGAAAAUGCUGAAGUCCGAGUUAACAGUGUGGAGGAGUAUCAGUCCAUUGUUGAUGCUGAGUGGAAAAUCCUGUAUGACAAACUUGAUAAGAUUCACCAGAGUGGAGCAAAAGUGGUAUUGUCCAAACUACCCAUUGGAGAUGUAGCCACACAGUAUUUUGCUGACAGGGACAUGUUUUGUGCUGGUCGUGUUCAGGAGGAAGACUUGCGCCGUACAAUGAAGGCUUGUGGAGGCUCCAUUCAGACAACAGUACAGAAUCUAAGUCCUGAUGUUCUUGGAACAUGUGAGACAUUUGAAGAAGUGCAAGUUGGCAGUGACCGGUACAACGUGUUCAAAGGAUGUCCCCAGGCCCAUACAUGCACAAUUAUUCUGAGAGGUGGUGCUGAACAAUUCAUGGAAGAGACAGAGCGUUCUUUACACGAUGCCAUCAUGAUAGUCCGCCGUGCAAUCAAGAAUGACUCGGUUGUUGCAGGGGGAGGAGCAGUAGAGAUGGAGAUGCAUUGCUGAUUGCAAGAGCUUGCCAGGAAAGCCCUGGAGAUUAUUCCUCGCCAGCUGUGUGACAAUGCAGGCUUUGACCUUUGAUCAAUUAUUGUAUUGUUUACAGGUGGAACCUGGUUUGGAGUAAACAUUCUCCAAGAAGAUAUUGCUGACAACUUUGAUGCUUGUGUGUGGGAACCGGCUGUUGUGAAAAUCAAUGCACUGACAGCUGCUUCAGAGGCUGCAUGUUUGAUCUUGUCUGUUGACGAAACAAUAAAAAAUCCACGUAGUGGAGGUGAUAAUCAUGGAGCAGGAAGGGGUCGUGGGCGUCCUAUGUAAAUUUUAAGACUGGCUUUAGAUUUAUUAGUUUUAUAAUUGUGUGUGUGUUUCCUGUCAGUAAAUUCUAAUACAAUUAGUCUGUCCUUUCCCAUCCUUUUUUCCAUUUGUAUUCCUUGAGAAGAUGACUAGUAGUCAAACUCCAGGACUUGAAUUACAUAUUGCUUUAAAAAAAACCAACCAUAAAAUACUUAAGUGGAAGACAUUGUAAAGGCUAAAUGUUUGCGCUUUUCUCCAAGCAGCAAAAGAUUUUUACGUCACUAAAUUUAUUUUAUACAUAUGCAGUCUAAGAGCCAGCCAUAAUUUAUUAGUAGCAUUGCUUGAACUUAAACUUAUUACAACAGUAAUAUAGGGCUAUGACUGUCAUCAGCCAGGUCAGAUGUUACACUGUACUGUAUGGGAUUUUGAAUAAGCAGUUAAAUAUUGUUCAGUUGAAGAUUUAUGCAUGCAAUUGUUCUCCGUGGUUUUUUAGUUAUUGAGGAAAACAGUCUUAUGAAAAUAAGAUUUUCCAUUUCUUCAUGAGUCAAUGCCACUGUUGUACUGUCCCAUUUCCAUCUCACCAGCAGCAGUGUCAUAUACUGGUUUCACUCAUUAAGGACUGGUUCACAAAUUGUUAAGUAGCAUUGUCAUGGGUUUCAUGUAUGGCCGUGAGACAAAUGGGAAUUCUCUUCAUGGAAUGACAGUGAAAUAUGUGAACUUUUUUUUUUUUCAUUAAAAGAUUUAUGAAUACUUGCCA